AGAUUGCAAUUGAUACAAAAUAUAGUUUGCAAUAUUUGUAAAGUCACAGCAUUCUUUAUCCUGAAAAGCAUCCAGUCUACCUGCACAAAAGAGAAGAAUAUCUGUAAAAAUCCACGGAUUUGAUACCCAAGAAUUAGCAGAAAUUGAUGGAGUGAAGCAAAAUCCGAACAAGGAGGUUUAAGAGGGGCAUUGCCUCUCUGCGUGUGCGACAUUUUGCGAAAACAAAACCCCUUUUGCUCCAAACCACUCUUUUUUUGGGGAAUUGUAGAAAUGGGGUCUGCUGGUAUUGAUGAUUCGUCGCAGAAAGCGAUUGAGCCGGAAUUGGUUGACAUUGGGAACAAACUUCUCAGGCGCUCUUCAUCAACUGAUGACCUACUCAUGCUCUUCGAUGAAGCAGAGACUCUUUUAGCCAAGGUUUGGCAACAGCCUCCCAGGUCUACAUGCAAAGCACUUCUUCAGAUAAUGAAGGCGCUUAUUACUGAUGAAGUAUUGCACAAUGAUGAUUUAAAUGUCCAAAUUGCAGUUGCAUCUUGCUGUAAUGAGCUUACCAGAAUAACUGCUCCUGAAUUCCCUUACGAAGAUGAUAUCAUGAGGGAUAUUUUCCAACUAUUUAUGAUUGCAUUUGAGCAAUUAUCUUGCGAGUCUGGCCACAAUUACUAUAGGGCUUUGCAUAUUGUUGAAACUGUUGCAAAAGUGAGAUCAUCCUUGAUUCUGUUGGAUGUAGAUACUGAUGGGCUGGUUGUUGAGAUGUUCCGACUUUUUCUUAACAAGAUUGGGUCAAAAAACUCUUCUGAUGUCUUCAAAUACAUGGAAAUGAUCAUGACUAUGGUGAUAGAAGAAAGUGAUGAAAUUUCAUUUGAUCUCCUGAGGCCUCUUCUAGCUAGUGUCAAAAUGAAAAAUAGGGAUAUUUUGCCUAUUUCAUGGGAAUUGGGUAACAAAGUCUUUGAAAACUGUGCAACUAAGCUCCAGCGUUAUCUCAAAGAAGCAGUGAAGGCAAUGAGUCUGGAAUUUGAUGAUUAUGCUGAAAUAGUUGCGUGCAUAUGCCGUGAAACAUACGAUGAUAAUGACAUGGUAUCAAAAGAGGUAUCACCUGCUGCAGGUGUGGCAUCCCAAACAGAUCGAAUUUCCAAGGCUGUGAAAGAUAUUUGUUCUCUGCAAACUGAUGAUGAUACAGGUGCUCUUAGAAAGAGAAGGAGGAAGCCUAGUCCCGCGUCAAGACCCAAAGAGGAUGAACAUACUAUGGGAACCGGAGAUAGCUAUUCCCAUGAAGGAUCUCCAGGGUAUAAUGUGGAGAAAAAAGACUUAGCUUUGAUGUCAGAACGGGGACACUCAAGCAUGUUAAGCAAUUCAUUGCGAAAAAAGAAAGAUUCUUUUAGUGAAUCCAGUCUUGCAAAAAAUGGUCAGUCUCAUAAGAAAAAGAGUAUGGUUAAUCAGCAGAAGGACCUGGAGUUUACAUCGACAUUGAAAAGCAAAAUCUUGAAAAUGAAGGAGAGAGGACAUGAUGCACCAAAGAAGACUGGUAAAAGGGUUAUUGCUGGAUCAAGUAAGAUGAGGGUGGAAAAGAAAGGAGGUGUAAUCGGUGACCCAGACAAAGAAGAAAAACAUCAGCUUUCACCUCAGAUGCGGGGAUCUCCUAUGUCUAAACCUGCAAAAGCCAAUUUGGUAAAGGAUAAGAAGAAGUCAAAAAAGCCACGUGCCGAUUUUGGAGAAGAGUUAAUCAGUUUAAGGAUACAAGUGUGGUGGCCUAUGGAUGAAAUGUUUUAUCCAGGCACUGUUAAAGCUUUUGAUCCUGAAACAAAGAAACAUGAGGUAUUGUAUGAUGAUGAUGAAAUAGAGCUCUUGAAUCUGAGAAAAGAAAAAUGGAAGCUGUUUCGUGACGAGAAGUCUCGACAAAAACAAGUAACCGGUCAUUCAUCUCCUUCCAGAGAGCUUAUCAAGACUAAAGAAAACAAAAAAAGAAAAGCAGACAAGUUGAAGAAACAGCAACAGCAUGCUGGCUCAUCAUCUAAAAGAUUAAAAGGUGAAAACCAUGCCCUCAGUAAAUCCAAAGACGCUACUUCACCUGACUUUCAUCAAGCCGUGGCUGAAUUUGACGAAGAGACUUGUGAAACUAACAUCUCAGCAAUGGAUGGCGGGGAGAAUCUUGUGAGCAAGGAAGGGUCAGAAAUUUCGAUCAAGGAAACCAAGGGCAACCACAUCCAAGAAAUGCACGAAGUGAUCAACCCCGACGUUGGUUCUUGAUGUUCAUGCAUACCAUGUUGAAGGAUAUCCUGGAUUUAUGGUCAUGUGACAAGAUACAACAAUAGCAUAUGAAGCUUCAAGUAGUGGGCUUGUUUUGAUUGAUACUUUAAUCCCCUAGAGUUUAGGUCAUUUUGGCUUGUUGUAGUUUUGUGUUUAGGCGAGGGUCAAAAUGGUAAUAUCACCUUAAAUUAUUUAUCCUAGUUGGUGACACUUUUGUGUGGAUCA